AUGUCUCAAGCAUUCAGUGCUCCAGGAAAAGCUUUAUUAGCUGGUGGUUAUUUGGUGUUGGAUCCUAUAUAUGAUGCGUAUGUUAUAGCGUUAUCAUCACGUAUGCAUGCAGUGUUAGAGUCACAACCAACUCAAAAUUAUUCAUCUAUAGUUGUUAAAUCACCUCAAUUUGACGGCGAAUGGGAAUACCUAGAAUCCACAGAGAUCAAUAAUAAGAAGAAUCCAUUUGUACAAGCAUCAAUAACUACCAUUUUAUCCUAUGUCAGACCGACCACGAAUUACAAUUUACAUAUCACGAUAUAUUCCGAUCCUGAAUAUCAUUCAAAUGAAGGUACUAUAAUUAAAAAAUCAUACAAUGGUAAAAAAUCAUUUCAUUACCAUAAUACACAGAUAAACGAAGUACCAAAAACUGGAUUGGGUUCAUCAGCUGGAUUAGUUGCGGUACUAGUAACGUCACUAAUGUCAUUUUUCAAACCUGGAAGUUCCAUCGAAAUAUUACAUAACUUAUCACAAAUUGCACAUUGUUUAGCUCAACAAAAAAUAGGCUCGGGGUUUGAUGUAGCUGCAGCAAUAUAUGGAUCAAUAAAGUAUCGAAGAUUUCAACCGGAUAUAGUAAACAAAGUGUUAGAGUCUGAUUUGGAGCCCAAUUUGUUGAAGUCAACGGUCGAAUCUAAGUGGGAUUUUGUACACGAGUCAUGUGCAUUACCUGCUGAAGUCAAGCUAUUAAUGGGCGAUGUUAAUGGGGGAUCAGAAACUCCCAAAAUGGUAUCUAAGAUAUUACAAUGGAAGAAGGAUAAACCAGAGGAGAGUGAAAUAAUAUAUAAUUCAUUAAAAGAAGCUAACACUAGUUUUAUUAAAGCAGUCACUGAAGUAAACCUCGAAGAUAUCAAAAAAUCAUUAUUGCAGAUUAGAAAGGGAUUACGAGACUUAACUUUAAAAGCAAAUGUUCCAGUUGAACCAAUCGAACAAGCACAGUUAUUAGAUCGAUUGAGUGAGCUACGUGGUUGCUUAGGUGGAACUGUACCAGGUGCAGGUGGAUAUGAUGCAAUAGCUAUAUUAGUUUUAGCUGAUUCCGAGAAAGAUAUUAGGAAAGAAACAUCAAUUAAUCUGGAGAAGUACAAUAAUGUUAACUGGUUAAAUAUUCAUGAGGAAGCCGAUGGAAUUAAAAUUGAGAAUGCAGAAGAUUAUAUUGGUUUAUAG